CUCCACCACCGUUUUCUCUAUUUCUCCUUUAACACACAGCCCCCCCCUCUCCGCCUCACUAAAAUUCUCCCUUCUUUCGUAAAUACUCGAUAUCUUCAUCAUUGAUAGCUCCAUCCUUGCUGUUGUUGAAACCUCAAGAUCGAUCCCCCCCUCUCUCUGGAAGAAACAGAAAGGAGGGAUGAGUUGACAGAAAAACUGGAUUUUGAUAGACUAUAUUAUCACCACCAAGACACAACACUGAAAGGAUUGGUGAUGAUGAUGGCAUCAUCAACAACAACAACGUCAGUGGCAGCAGUGAAUACGAACGCCAACAUCAACACGGAUCGAACAAGAAGGAAAAAGAAGAAGAAAUCCCUCUUGCAACAGCACCAAUCAAAACAGAACCAAAACUCCCAGAGCCACGCCAAAUGGAAAACAGAAGCACAACAACAAAUCUACUCAUCCAAACUUAUCCAGGCCUUAAGCCAAGUCAAUCUCAACCCCUCAUCUUCAUCAGCUCCACGUCAAGGUCGAGCCGUUAGAGAGGUUGCUGAUCGAGCUUUAGCUUUUGCUGCUAAAGGUAAAACCAGAUGGAGCCGGGCCAUUCUGACAAACCGGAUCAAACUCAAAUUUCGGAAACAGCAACAUAAGCGACAGAGACUUGCGUCUUCGUCUUCUUCAGGAUCUACUGUUGUUACAACUGCGAGUAAUAGCCGGUCGUCGAGGAAGCAUAAAGUGAGUGUUUUGAGGCUGAAGGGGAAGUGUUUGCCGGCUGUUCAAAGAAAAGUUCGUGUUCUUGGCCGAUUAGUUCCCGGUUGCCGGAAACAACCAUUGCCAAUUAUCUUGGAAGAAGCUACAGAUUACAUUGCUGCUCUGGAGAUGCAAGUUAAAGCCAUGUCUGCUAUAGCUGAGCUGCUUUCUCGCUCUUCCUCUGGAGCCGGCUCUUCCUUGGAGCCGAUGAGCUCCUGAUAGGCUUGUAAUGACAGAUGUCGUGUUCUGUUUUUUUCCCAUAUAUAUUUUUUCUUCUAGCUCCGUUAGAUACUCGUCUUUCCUCUUCUUUUUUUCUUGGAAAAAAACAGUGUUCUAAUUUCUUUGUUUUGAAUCCUCAAGAAAUGUUAAUUGAUUAUAAUAA